AACGAGAGGGGCUGCUUCCACUGCUCCCUCGUGGUUGCGACAGACUUGCUCUGUUUGUGGAAAGAGUGCCCGUCUGCCAGGGGGCGAUUCCAAACCGCUGUGCCGGCUCUGGAUGCGGGUUCCAUGCCCUGCGUUGGGGCAGGAUCCGCCAGCCCCGCCCUCAGCCGGGCUGGGAGCAGCUCCGUGGGGAGGGAUCCGGGAGCCCUGCGAGCUGCUCUGAGCCCUUCGUACCCUGCUGAUGAGCAACAUCCACGCUCCGGGCUCAGGGAUACUGCCCAGCUGCUUCAAGCCGGCCGGCUGCGUUCAGCUGUCAGCUUUGAAGAUUUUAACAGUGGGAAGAUGCUGAUGGACCAAAAUGAAACUUGGCUCUCCAAUUUCUCCUCUGCUGCCUCCUCCUUUGUGAGGGGAGGGAUCGGGCUCCAGGAGGUGGUCAUUGGGCUGAUCCUCACCCUCAUCGACCUGAUCACCCUCCUGGGAAAUACCGUGGUCUUCAUCUGCCCCGUGGUGGAGAAGAGGCUGCGCACUGUCACCUACAUGUUCAUCAUGUCCUUAGCCACGGCAGACUUCCUUGUGGCCUGCCUGGUCAUGCCCUUCAGUAUCAUUUACGAGGUGACAGGGAUGUGGCUGUUUGGGAAGCUUUUCUGCAAAGUCUGGAUCUCCUUUGAUGUCAUGUUCUGCACUGCAUCCAUUGUCACACUGUGCUUCAUCAGCCUGGACAGAUACUGCUCCGUGGUGACCCCCUACCACUACUCCAGAAGGAUGUCCCGUGGCAGGUGCAUUGUGAUGACCUGCACAGUCUGGGUGUAUUCCUCCCUCAUUUCCUUCCUUCCUGUCAUGCAAGGCUGGAACGAGAUCCCCGGGGUGGACUUUGAUGCGGGCAGGGAAUGCAUCUUUGUCACCAACUGGAUUUUUGCCAUCGUGGCCUCUGCCCUGGCGUUUUUCGUUCCCUUCAUGGUGAUGUGCAGCAUGUACUUCUUCAUCUACCGAGCCUCGCGGCUCAAGGCCACCCGCAUCAUGUCCCAGACCCUGGAGAUUCACUACCACCCCAACAGCAAGCGGCAGAACCACCUGCAGCUGGAGAACAAGGCCACGAGGACCAUCAGCAUCAUCAUCUCGGUCUUCGUGCUCUGCUGGCUGCCCUACUUCGUCCUGAACGUCUGGCUCGCUGCCAGGGGCACCGACUCCACCAGCACGGUCCUGGUCGACGCCUUCAAGAUCAUCACCUGGUUGGGAUACUGCAACUCCACCAUCAACCCGAUGCUCUACGCCUUCCUGAACAGGGACUUCCAGCGGGCCCUGAAGAAGCUGCUCAUUUGCAGGCACAGGUCCCAGGUGGACAUCGGAGAAGACAUGGUUUCCAUAGCCACCUUCUCCAAGACUGCUCCAGACCUGGAAUACAGCACGACGGUGCCAGUGCCCAACGGUGCCCUGAAGGGCAAGCCCAAGUCGUAGGGAUUGAGGGUCAGUCGCUGGAGGUGGUGAUACAGGAAGUGCCAGAGCACAUCCUAAUGGAAAAAUAAUGGGUAGCAAAACAGGAAGGAGGGGCUAGAAUAUUGCAGCUGGGGACAUACAACAAAGAUGCAUUUCUUCACCUUCCACAGUUCUCAGAAUGAGGACUUUUGAUCUUUUAAGGACAAUUUGUGAUACUAAUGGAGUUAAUUCCAUGCUGGAUAUCUUUUUUUUUCUUUUUUUUUUUUUUUUUUUAAUGAGCAUUUCCCAAGACAAAAUCAACUAUAAUGUUGGGGGGAAAAAUACCAGUAUCACAAUGUGAACUUAUCUUCCUGUGCAUCCUGGUGAUCUGUCUCAGGUGGCGCAGUGUUUCUUAUCAAGCCACUGUAGCUCUCAUUUCAAAACUUUAUUACAGACUUGACCAGUUUCAGCAACUCCACGUGCAUCAGCCUGGGUGUGGGAAUUAGGAGGGAUGUGGCCAAAGAGCAGAGCUCACUUCUUACCGAGGCACCAGUCCACAGUCUGCGUUGUUGCUCAGGCUUCAGCUCACUUGCUUCUGAGACACUGAGAGGUUUAGAGCUCUCUGGGGCUUUCUGUGAAUUAUCUGUGAGUUAAUUAUGGAAGGAAACAUCAUAUGUGGUAGAGCCCAGGAGAUGAGCAAGACUUGUAAUAAUACCAGGAGCACUGAGUGCCCAGGAGUUUCAAAGGGGGCUACAGGUGGCUGACACCCCCCAAAGAGGGGAUGUGAAGAGGAGUCAUUACUUACCUUUGUGUUUUGCACUGUCAUGUCUAUGGACCACACAGACA